CGCCAUUGCUGACGCGUCAAUUUCACAACAUUUUCUCUGCUGUUCCCCCAAUACAAUUUAUUCGCUGCGCCGUGCGCCUUUCACUUUCUCUGCAAAUUGACUGCUGCUGGAGUUAAACCUCAUUUUCCAUGGUGAUGUUGGAGCUAGCUUGUGUACAUCUCGACUAAUCCACAGAUUACCUGUUACCUCCCAUCAGCGGAGGUACUGGGUAAUUCUGCUCACUAAAGCUUACACAGAUUGAAAGAGUUGGCCUAGUGUCGACUCCACGGGAUUUGUACGACCAAAGGCUCAAUUUCAAGCUGCUAUCUUAAAUCAGCUUCGAUAAGCAAUGCCUCCAAACUCUAGGGUCGAUUGUGCCUUUCGUGCUAUGAAAGCUAUCGGGAUUUCUGGAGACAAGGUGAAGCCAGUGUUGAAGAAACUUUUAAAACUGUAUAAUAAAAAUUGGGACCUUAUAGAAGAGGAGAACUAUAGGGUCCUUGCAGAUGCGAUAUUUGAAAACGAGGAAUCAAAGGAAACAGAAAAUAAAAAGUCAUCCGAGAAUCCCGAACAAGAGGAGCUGGUUCAAGAUGAGCCUGAACCACCUCUAAAAAGGCAGCGGUUAAAAAAUCAAUUAAGUCAACCAUAUGAUUCUCCUGAAUCUCAUGUGCAAAACCAGCCACUGGGUGUUCUAGAUUCCUCUCAAUCCAUGGGCGAUGAGUCACAGGCUGGAUCUUGUCCAUCAUUUGGUAGAAACAAAGGAAAGCAACCUAUUUCAUCCAAUUCUUUAGUACCACAGGGAGGAUCUCCUUUAUCUCAGCCUUCUAGCAUAGACAAGAGCCUUCCAGUUUCUAGGAGAGCUGGAUCUAUUUCUGGUAAUGGAAUCCCAGUGUCUCCUACGAUGAAAUCCAAUGCUAACCAUGCUUUUAUCAAACCUAAGGAUGAGCCGAUCACUGAUGACCUGCCACAUUUUGAAGUUCCUCUUGCCGUCAUCCGUCCAGGUUCAGCAAGUAAAGGUGAGACAUUGCCAAAUGUCGUCGACUCAGAUACAAAUGAUGGAAUUCCACUUUGUCAAGGAGUACCUAACGGCAAGCCUGAAACAAGCACCGUUAAAUCUCCAACCGGCCUGGAGAUAGCUUCCUCACUAUCUGGAGAAGUGAAAAUUAUCUUGAAGUGUGGCCCAGUUCUUGGAAGAUCAGAUUUCUACAUGCCUACUCUCGAUGAAGUGGUGAAGUUAAUGGAGGAUAAAUAUCUCAAACAAUACAAAGAACUUGAUCCUAAUUUUUCGGUGAUGAAAGUCAUGGCAGAUGUUUGUCAGUGUUUCUGGGAAAUGGGCACUGAAUCACCAAAUAAAUAAUCGACUAAAUGAAGUCCUCAUUAAGUUAAGGAAAAUUUACUAGGAAGCAUGCAGAAGGAGAAAUGAGACUGGUUCAGUAAGCAGGUUUACAUUUAGCUUACAACAUUUUGUGUUAAGCUCAAUUUGAGCUUAACAACAUCUUCGUAAAUUCUGCGUUUUUUCUUUUCUUCUUCGUGUUCUUUUUCUGUGUAUCCGUUAUUGCAGGUGACGCUGUUAAGAACCUUCUUGCCAUUUUAAUAUGAAGAAAAGGUUGGAAAAGUUGAAAAUGAA